AUGUCUAAUCAUCCAGGCCUUCCCAAGACUCCGUUCACGAUUCACGGAGGAUGCAACUGCAAAGCGGUCCGAUACGAAAUCGCUGUACCCGAGUUUCGCGAGCGACCCAUCGCGCCAUACCGGACUCCAGGCGCCGACAUUGGCGACGACAAGAGGAUUCCUAUGGCGGUCAUUUGUCACUGCAACAACUGUCGUUCCGCCGCAGCGGGAAUUCCCUCCAUGGUGUUGAUUACUGAGACCAAGACUGUUCGGGCAUCGCUUGCAGCAAGAGACGAAGGCUUGCCCUUGGAAGGCCCGCUGUCCGCAGACGAACGGGACUAUACUGCUGCGGGAGACUUGUUCGACUCGGACAACCUCAGCGGUUUGAAGUCCACUUUCUUAGGGCAUUACAAGUCCUCGCCAGGGCGCAAUCGCUGGUUCUGCCAACGAUGCGGCACGCCUAUUGGAUACUCUAUCGACAAAGAGGUGAUUCCAGAGGAAUGGGGCUGGCCCAAUAUGCUCGACAUCUGGCUCGGCACGGUGGACAGAUCAGACCUGGAGAAGGACUUCAUGCGACCCGAGAGGGCUCUGUGGUGCGCAAAGGCGGUGCCCUGGGUCGCUGAGAUGGCCAGGAAUGGGAAUGGUGGAAUCGCCGAGCAUCCUCUCACUAAGAUCGACAAAGUCAUGGCUGAUGAUAUUUCGGCCGAUAUGGUGGAACUGAACGCGCUCAAGACGAAGAACGGGGGCACUGGAGUGUGA